AUGGAUGCCGUAGCUUACGCCGCGCUGCCGAGAGUGGUGCUCGACAACGGCUCCGGCAGCCUGAAGUUCUCCCUAGCUUCGAGCAAGAAGCCUCCGACGGUUAUACCGAACUGCAUCGGUCAGCCGAAACGCAGGUUCACGUCACAGUCCUUCAACUCCGAAUCAUCGCACAGCAGUUCCAGUGAUCCUUACUCACAUUUGGAUCACGGAGAAGCUAUCGGAGAUGUAUGCCACACUCUGUGGGAGUACUUCUGUCUAAGGCCCUGGGCCGACGGGCUGCUGUACGAGCCUAAUCGCCAACGGACCAUAUGGAACAAGAUCAUGGGGAGACCGCAUAUAAAGAUAAAUGGAGUGCCGGCGAACAUGCUCUCCAUCGCGCCAGCGAAUGCUGCACUGUGCAUUACGGAGCCAAACAUGUCGCCGGGAAUGUGCCGGCAGACCUUGGCGGAGCUCAUAUUUGAGGACCUGGGGUUCUCACUGGCAGCCAUCAUGUCAUCGCAGGCUGCCAGCAACUGGUACUAUUCGGUUGCGAAGAAGUCUGGCUCUAGUACAUCAAGCGAUGCCAAGGUGACGUCUUACCCACCCAUCAAGAGCGCUCCCGUGUCGCAGCCGCCGGAUACGGCGUGUUGCCUUGUUGUGGACUGCGGAUUCGGCAGCUCACAUUGUGUGCCCUUCGCGAGUGGAAAACCUAUACAGAGAGCGGCACUGCGCAGCGGACUGGCGGGAUCCCACCUCAACGCGUACCUCAAAAACGUAUCGGCUAUACGCACAAUCAACCUCGAGUUCAACGAGCUCCUCGUACAACACAUGAAGGAAGAAGCAUGUUACGUUUCGGCAGAUUUCAACAUGGAGAUGAGGGCGGCGCGGCAGCUGCGGCGAAUCAAGGGGAACACGUGGCUCACUCAUGAAUACGUGCUCCCUACAUACGGCGGAAAGAGCAAAACGCAUUUGCACAGGCAUUUCAACAAUCACAGCGUCAGCGCUCCGCCGUUGUUGACUCCUGAAAGGCGCCCUAUUGUAGAAAAACUUGCCAGGGGGGCUACUUUGACCUCGGAGGACCUUGAAGCGAUCGUACCACCGCCAGAGGAAGAGGAGAUAAACGGCGAUGAAACGGCAGAAGACCAGGCAUCUGGUGCGCAAACGAAUGGGCAUGCGCAGAAUGCAUUGGAAGCCGCAAAUAUAAUUACGGAGCAAGCGACUAAGGAGGAGAAGAAAGCUACCAACCAUGUAGUUGGGCUCUUCAACGAACGUUUUGCAAUACCGGAAGUCUUGUUCAGCCCCCAGGACCUACGGUUGAAUGAAUGUGGAAUUGCAGAGCUCGCGCUGCGGAGCAUCGCCCUUGCUCCAACCUGCCUGCAACGACAUCUCGCCGAGAACGUGCUGCUUACAGGUGGAAGCACCAAAUUUCCAGGGUUCACAGAGAGAUUCUACAGCGAACUCAGGGCGAUGCUGCCAGCUGAUUGGCAUCUGCAAAUAUACUCUGCCGAAGAUAGGGCCCUAACAGCCUUCUACGGCGCAAGGUUGUUUGCACGCGAUGACAGCGCCUUCCUGGAAACUGCAGUCACGCGCAACUUCUACCUCGAACAUGGCGGCAUCUUUCCGCGUCGGUAG